CACGAAUAUUUUCUGCGCUUUAGGCCGCCUUUCGAAGUGCCUGAGCAGGGUGAAUUCAUUAUGGACCCUGCACUUACCUCACGGAACCAUGCGGUCCCGUGCGCACGCUCCGUCGUCCAGCCCGCGCGCGGCGCAGAUGGGCGCGCCUCUAUUCAUAAACCCGAUGCUUCUCACGCAAAGUAUUCAACUCCGUCGCCCUGGGCUUCCCCAUCGCCUCACCAUUGACUCCACGCGCCGUAUAUCAACGAGCAGGCGGGCGAAGCUGGCACCCUCGGUCGCUUCUCUCCUUCUCCCUCACCUAUGGCCGACCCAGCUCAGCAAGUCCCUCCUUCGCCAGAUGCCAUCGCGCAGACGUUCAAGGGCUAUAAUGGGCCCUUUCUGGUGGCAGUACAGAUCGGGUAUCUGCUCUAUGGCUUCUAUCUCGCGCAGCUGAAUACCUACUUCAAUGACCAUGCCGCGUCAGACGCUUGGUACAAAUGGCUAGUCAUUGCCGUCACUUGUAUGUGCGGUCUGCACCUGGGCUUUGGAACGGGUGCAUCAUGGGGUGUACUCGUCGAGGGAUGGGGAAACCCAGUAGUCUGGCAGAAAACUCCUUGGGAGGCGUCCAUGCUCCCCUUCACGACCGGCCUUACGGCCUUCCUCGUGCAGACCUUCUUCGCAGGCCGAAUCGUCCUUAUCCAACGAGAUUUGAUCGGCAAAGCCCUCGCUGUUGUGGUCGCUCUCAUCGCCCUCCUUGCUCUCGCUGGCGCCUUGGGCCAGAUGAUAGAGUUCCUCACCGCCGGCUCGAAUGCGUUGGACAUCGCGCACCUCCAGCUCAUCACCCGCAUUUGGACCAUAUCGAGCGUGGCGUGCGACGUCCUGAUCGCCGUCAUCAUGAUUGGCAUUCUGGCCCGCACCCGGCAGCGCACGGUCUUUCGCUCGACGCGGGACACCAUCAAGCGGCUCAUCUUCCAGUCCAUUGAGACUGGCACGGUCACCGCCGUCUUCAUGGUCCUCCUGCUCGUCUGCUACGAGACCAUGCAGAAGGAGAACACGACCUACCUCGUCUGGGAGUACUCGCUUCCGCCGCUAUACGGGAACGUCAUGCUCUUCGUGCUCAACGCGCGCCAGAGCUUCCGCAAGGACACCAUCAAGUACGGUACUAGCAUGGAGACGCCCACUAUCGGCGGAUCCGGGCGCACGCAGCCGGCGGUCAAGGUCGACACCGACGUCAUCGCGCGCUACGACCUCGACCUUGAGAGCAACAACUUGGGCAGGGAUGGUUAUGCGGAUAACAAGAAUAUCCCGAUGCAUAGCAUGUAGAGGUCGUCAAGCAGUUCCCUACGACCGCCUCAGGACGGGCGGUCUGUACUAUAGAGGUUUGGAUACGUUGGCUGUAAUUAUUGG